CUGGCCGCCGCCGCACGCCGCUCGCAGAGCUGCCGCGUGCAGGGCGCGCGGCCGCGCGUGCGGCGCCGCGACAAGAAGGGCGACGCGCUCGACCUCGCCGACGCGGCUAGCACCGACUGCCUGACGCAGGGCGGCGAGCCCUCCUAUCACCCGUUCCUGCACAAGGCGCCCAGCUGCGGCAAGGUGUUCUACCAGACGGCCGAGGGCCCGGUGAUGCAGACGUACACGCCCGAGGGCUCGCCGGGGGCGCCACGUCGCGCGCGCCGGCCGCCGCUGCCCAGCGUCAGCACCCCGGAGGACUCGCCGUCGCUGGCGCGCCGGCCCACUCGCGGUCGCGCUCCGGGCGGCGGCGUCGGGCGCGCCUCGCCCUCGUCCCGCUACAAGAAGCGGCCGCAGCAGGAGCCCGACCCGGACGAUCCGGAUGCUUACCGCCUCAGGAACUUCAGCCUCACCGCCAAAGGGAUCGUCAACAGAGGCGACUCCUUCCGGGUGCGUCGCUCCAGCGUGCAGAGCGGGGGCUCGGUGCAGAGCGGCGCGGCACCCGCCGCCGCCGCCGCCGCCACCGCCGCCACCGCCUCCACGUCCGCCGCCGCGCCGGCCGCAGCGGCGCUCGAGAGCCCGCCACAGCCCGUCAGCUCGUUCUCGGUGGCUCUGGUGGGCGCCACGGGCGUCGGGAAGACGGCCCUCGUUGACCAGUUCAUGACCUCCGAGUGCACUAACGCCUACGACCGCGACCGACCGCAGGACGGCGCCGCCGGCGAACAGACAGUCAGCAUCGAGCUGGACGGGGAGGAGUCCGAGCUGAGGUUCAUCAGCAUCACCAACCCCAAGACGGAGGUCACCACUACCCACCCGCCGGACGCGCUGAUCCUCAUGUACUCGGUGAUCGACAAGGCGAGCUUUGAGCGGGCCGAGGACGAGCUGUCGCGGCUGCAGGCGCUCGACCUGCUGCGCAAUCGCUGCCUUGUGCUCGUCGGAAACAAGAUCGACGUCGUCCGCAGCCGGGCCGUCGACGAGUCAGACGGGAUGGAGCUGGCCUGCUCCUACAACGCCAAGUUCAUCGAGAUAUCAGUGGGCAUGAACCACAACUGCGACGAGCUGCUGGUCGGCAUGCUGCACCAGCUGCGACUGAAGCGCGGCUCCUACGAGCCCCAGAAGGAACACAGCUGGACGCGCAACAAAGGCAUCGUGCGCGCGAGCAGAAAGUGCAAACGCGCCCUCACGAAAAUAUUCGGCAAGGAAGACUCAAGGUUGCGAAACGUCACCAACUUUCGCGUGCAUAACUGAGUGCUUUGGGACUGCGGGGACUUGCGCGGAGCGGCGAGAAGGCGCCCUAUCACAUUUUCCUAGGUUAGCUGUCGAGUAGCGUGUUUUAUAUAUUCUGCCCUGCCUUGAAGAGACGCUUUCUUACCGACCCGUACCCAUCGAGGGAUAAUUUCAAGUUAUGGAAGGCGCGGACGAACCUUCCACACAUGUACCAAUAUCUAGCCUUGUAUGUCCGUACCCGAAUGAAAAAGUCUUGGAAUGCCAGCGUUCA